AUGGAGCUCUCGCAUGCAUCUGAUGAGUCUAAAGUGCUCGUCAUCUACACGGGUGGUACCAUUGGGAUGCUGGUCGGCCACCAAGGCUACGUCCCAGAACCCUACUUCCUCACCGAAACCCUCCGCACACAAGCCCGCUUCCACGACCCUCUCCAGGACUCUCUGUUCUCUCACUCUGGCUCAGUCGAGGGCUUUAGGCAAUGGAAUACACAGAGCGCUCAUCAUCAGCGGUCUUCGUCGGGGACGCAGUCCCCUGAUUCUGAUGCGGCUGAAUUUUUGCGCACCGCGACGUUACCUGUGAGAUCAUCGAGACCGAUAGGAGUCACCGCAGAGACGUUGCUCACGGCCGAGGCGAAGAACGAAGAUGCGAAGAAACGGCCUGAGUGUAGAGAGGUGGGAGAGGGGGUGUAUGAGGCGCAGCUUCCUGUCUUGAUCACACCGAGGACCAUGGUGUCCGGAGGAAAAAUGAAUCGCAUUCGCUAUGCUGUUCUGGAGUGGAAUCCGUUGCUCGACAGCAGUAACAUCGACAAUGACGAUUGGAUCCGGAUAGCUACGGAGAUUGAGCUCAACUAUAACCUUUUCGACGCAUUCGUCAUUUUGCAUGGUACGGAUACCAUGGCAUAUACCUCGAGUGCUCUGAGCUUUUUGCUUGAGGACCUUGGCAAAACGGUCAUUGUGACUGGGGCUCAAAUCCCGUUGUCUCAAUUGCGCAACGACGCAGUCGAUAAUCUUUUGGGCGCACUCUCCAUCGCAGGACAAUACAUUAUUCCUGAAUGCUGUCUUUUCUUCAAUCAUACACUGUUCCGUGGUAAUCGAGUGUCGAAGACCUCGUCACACGACCUCAACGCGUUCACGAGCCCCAAUUUUGCUCCUCUCGUCAACGUGGGGAUAGACAUUGUAGUGAACUGGAACGAUGUCAUCCGACAAACCAGUUUGCAGAGGUUCAGAGCACAUAAAGAGAUGUGCGAGCAUGUCGCUACGCUUCGCCUUUUCCCCGGCAUAACGGCCGCGACCGUUCGUGCCUUUCUCAAACCUCCAGUCAAAGGUGUCGUCCUUGAGACCUUCGGAGCAGGAAAUGCGCCCCAGCGUGCCGAUCUUAUGCAAGCUUUCCGUGAAGCCUGCGACCGCGGCGUCGUGAUAGUCAACAUCAGCCAAUGCUCCAAAGGCACCGUCUCAGAUGCGUACGAAACCGGCCGAACGCUCAUCGAGACCGGAGUCGUUCCCGGAGUCGACAUGACGCUCGAGGGCGCACUAACGAAGCUCAGCUACCUGCUCUCCAAGCCGGACCUAACUCCUACCGACGUACGAAACCUCAUCGGGACACCUCUCCGUGGUGAACUUACCCGACCGUCCAAGCCCCUCGGCGCACCUCUCCACCACCAUCACGGACAUGGCGAUGAUCAUCACUCGACUCUCGACCACAACAUCGAGAACAUCCAAAGCGUGCUCUCGCACCUCGUUCGCCUCUCUGCCUCUUCCUCCAAUCGCACCGCAGCGCAUAGCACUCACGCUACUGUGAACGCAGACGGUCUACCCACUGUAUCCUCGAGUCCUACAGUCUCAUUCAGCGGGCCACCAAAAAUCGUCGUCGAGGGGCAGGGGAAUAUCGGAAGUAGUGGCAGUAUAAACAAUAAGCUCGACGAAGCGGCCGCUCCAUGGUCCUGGACCGCCGCCGAAGCCUCAACGACCGAAGUCGCCCUGUUCAGUUCUCUGAUCCACCUCUCCGCCGCCUCGGACGACAUCGACGGCCUCGAGCUCUGUCUCUCCGGCGGAGACUUGCCACAUCCCAGUAUCGGUGGUAACACCACGACUACCGUAGAUGAAAGUACUAGCAGUGGCAGUGGUGCUCUUGCGGUGGGAGCCUCCCCCAGUGCCGGGUUGACUGUGGCUAUGGCGGGCGGGAUCGUGAAUUGGGUGAACCCUGCUUCGGGGAGGUCGCCGUUGCAUGUUGCAGCGUUGAAUGGGAGCGGGAGGUGUGUUGAGAAACUGUUGGAGGCUGGGGCUUUGGUACAUCUGAGGGAUUCGCUGGGCCAUACGGCGCUGUAUUACGCUGCGAGACAAGGACACGAAAGUAUCGUCGACGUUCUCUCACGAGCGGGAGCGAACCUCGGUGGGGCGGAUAUAGAAGGCGGUUAUGUGGCGCUGAGCGUCAAGAGGGCGAGGUUGGCGAUGGACGAGCAGGCGUUGAGGGUGUGGGAGAAGGCUGGGGCCAGGACGGGGAUGGGGACCACGAGGUCGAUCGAGAGACAGGAUAGCACGCCUGUUUGAGUGCUGGUGAUGUGCGUGAGGAGACACACAAAAAAUGGCGAGGGUAAGAUAGCGGAAGGAUAGUGAUGUGAAUGUGAC